GCAGACAAUAUAUAGCAAGCUAUGCGGUAGUGCAAAUGUAUAAGUAAUUAUGUUAAUCAUAUUAAUCAUAUGUUUACCAUGUAUUGGCAGUGAUUCAAUGACAAUAUGUCAAUACGUUAAUCAUUAAUCAAAGGACAACCAAGUAUUUACAGUGAUUCAAUGUCAUGUGAUGCAAUAUCUAUAUUCAUAUCUCAAGUAGGAGCCUAGCAGUUGAGACAUGUUCUGGUAAACUGAGCAAAAUGGGUGGAUUUUACCUUGCCACCAAGGUGAACCAAUAGAGCAGGAGAAUUGUGUUUGUUAUACGUUUGAGCUUGGUUCAUUGGUGUUUUGUGACCAAUCAGGAUUUAGACACCCUUACUGGGAAAUGGGAGUUAUGGUUUAUCAACUGGUUGCUCGGUGAGCUCCGGGCGAUUUGGUACCGAAUACCAGAGUGUGAUGAGAGUGCUUUGCUGGAAUGCUGGAAUAAAAGAGAUUUCCUUUACCUCAUCAAACUGAGAGAAAUGUCCUUUCCUCAGAUGGAUUUGAAUCGCGCAGAGUUGCUUGAUUUUCAUGGUGUGUCCAUGACUCACUAUUUCACUGAUAGCUGGGACAAAGUGCAGAAUUUCAGUGCCAGACCUGAUGACAUUGUGAUCGCAACCUAUCCUAAAGCAGGUACAACCUGGGUUUCCCAGAUUGUGGACCUGCUGUACUUUGGAAAGUCUGACCCUGGCCGCCAGACCUCCGUUCCUGUAUAUGUAAGAGUACCUUUCCUAGAGAUUGCCGUCCCAACUGUACUUACAGGUGCUGAAUUGGCAGAAAAGAUGACCUCAGUUCCACGCAUCAUCAAAACACAUUAUCCUGUUCAGUUCCUGCCCAAGUCCUUCUGGGAGCAAAAUUGCAAGAUCAUUUAUGUGGCCCGUAACGCUAAAGACAAUGUUGUGUCCUACUUUCACUUUGACCGCAUGACCAUGGUGCAACCUGAACCUGGAGACUGGCCCAGUUAUCUGCAGAGGUUUCAGGAGGGAAAAGUGGUGUUUGGCUCAUGGUACGAUCAUGUGAAUGGAUGGUGGGAGAAAAAGCAGACAUACGCCAACAUCCACUACAUGUUCUACGAAGACAUCGCUGAGGACACGGCCCAGGAGAUAGAGAAGAUCUGCUCCUUCCUGAACAUCUCACCAACGCAGGAGGAGAAAGAUCACGUGAUAAAAGAGGUGGCAUUCGACACCAUGAAGAAGAAUAAAAUGGCCAACUACUCCACCAUCGGUUUCAUGGAUUUAAAAAUUUCACCAUUCAUGCGAAAAGGAAAGGUUUCUGACUGGAAAAACCAUUUCACUGUGGCUCAGAAUGAGCAGUUUGAUGAAGUCUAUCAGAAAAAGAUGGCAAACACCACCCUCAGGUUCAGGACAGAAAUAUAGUUUGUGGUGUGAGAAUAUAAGGCAUACUCAGGCUCAUGUACCUGUGCUGUUCAAAGGGCUUCCACCAGAUGGAGCCAAAGAUUUCCAGCACGAUCAGCCUGAAUGAACGUCACAAGCAAGAUACAAGAUUUGUCACAUACAUAGUUAUACAAGUACAUAUGAUGUUAGAAGAAUGUAUAUAAAGUGCAGUGUGCCUUGUUGCAGGUGACAUAAAUAUAAAUAUAACCAAAUAUGGAUAUGCAAAUUAUUUGUGAAAAUAGCAGGUUUUUGACAGGUAGGAAGAGUUUACUGUACAUGAAUUGCGUAUUUUAAGGAUGUAGUGGUGGCAUGUCUUGAUUAAAAAGUCUUAUGACGUGAGGAUAGAA